CACCACCGCGACAACAAAUAGUAUUUAUUUCGAAUGUAAUAAAAAACUCUCACUACUAUAACUUCCCUUUGUUCUCUCUAUCCCUUUCUCUCUCUCCCUUCUUACUCUUGAAGGGUCAAUUGUUGAGUUGAACAAAAGUUUUGGAACCAAAAAAAGGAAACCCUUUGAGGAGGGAAGGUUAUCAUCUAUUUGACCAACUGGAAUACAUAUUGUCCUAUCUCCCAAUUUAUGUGAAGGUUGGUGCUUUUCUUAACCAAAAUUCAGGGUUGUGAAGAUGAUGAUGUUUGAAGAUAUUGGGUUUUGCGGUGAUCUUGAUUUCUUCCCUGCUCCGCUAAAAGAGGUGGAAGCAGCAACAGCGGUCCCACCGAUUGAACCGGAGCCAUUGAUGGAUGAUGAUUAUAGUGAUGAGGAGAUCGACGUGGAAGAGCUGGAGAAGAGGAUGUGGAAGGACAAGAUGAAGCUGAAAAGGCUGAAAGAAAUGAGUAAGAGUAAGGAAGGUGUUGAUGUUGUCAAACAACGCCAGUCUCAGGAGCAAGCAAGGAGGAAGAAGAUGUCGAGGGCGCAAGAUGGGAUCUUGAAGUACAUGUUGAAGAUGAUGGAAGUAUGUAAAGCUCAGGGUUUUGUUUAUGGAAUUAUCCCCGAGAAAGGAAAACCGGUGACUGGGGCAUCUGAUAAUCUCAGGGAGUGGUGGAAGGACAAAGUGAGGUUUGAUCGCAAUGGACCUGCUGCCAUUGCAAAGUACCAAGCUGAUAAUGCCAUCCCUGGCAAGAAUGAGGGAUCUAAUCCGACUGGUCCUACCCCUCACACCUUGCAGGAGCUUCAAGAUACCACUCUUGGUUCUUUAUUGUCAGCUUUAAUGCAACAUUGUGAUCCUCCACAGAGGCGAUUUCCUUUGGAAAAAGGCAUUUCACCUCCAUGGUGGCCAAAUGGACAGGAGGAUUGGUGGCCUCAACUGGGACUGCCUAAGGAUCAAGGUCCUCCACCUUAUAAGAAGCCUCAUGAUCUGAAGAAGGCAUGGAAGGUUGGAGUCCUUACAGCGGUGAUCAAGCACAUGUCCCCUGAUAUCGCUAAGAUUCGCAAGCUGGUAAGGCAAUCAAAGUGCCUGCAGGACAAGAUGACAGCGAAGGAAAGUGCAACUUGGCUUGUCAUCAUCAAUCAGGAAGAAGUUUUGGCUCGAGAACUUUAUCCUGAUCGUUGUCCACCUUUGUCCUCAGCUGCUGGUAGUGGAACUCUCAGUAUGAAUGAUAGCAGUGAGUAUGAUGUUGAAGGUGCUGUUGAUGACCCCACCUUUGAUGUUCAAGAGCAAAAACCAAAACAUCUCAGUUUGCUGAAUGUUGAUGUUGAGAUGUUCAAGGCUCUGCCUCUGCAACAACAAUCUCAUCCAAUCAAGGAUGAACUUAUUGCCAACUUAGAUUUCACUCACAAGAGGAAGCCGGCUGAUGACUUGUCUUUUAUGAUGGAUCAGAAGAUAUAUACUUGUGAGUGUCUUCAAUGUCCGCACAGUGAGCUUCGCCAUGGUUUUCCGGACAGAUCCACCAGAGACAAUCAUCAAUUAACUUGCUCUUUCAGAAAUACUUCCCAAUUUGGUGUUUCAAACUUUCACAUUGAUGAAGUCAAGCCAGUUAUCUUCGCUCAACAGUGUGUCCAGCCAAAGCAGGCUCAGCUGCCGGUUAACCCAGCUCAACCCUCCUUUGAUCCAUCAGGGUUUGAGGUUCCUAAAGAUGGGCAGACGGUGAUCAACGAUCUUAUGUCAUUCUAUGAGAGUAAUGUAGAAGGAAAUAAAAGCUCUAUGGCGGGGAACGUUGUCAUGUCCAAGGAGCAGCCUCAUCAAUUAACUAGUGUUCAACAGAACAAUUUCCUACAAAGCCAUGGGAUUGUGUUGGAGGGAAGUAUCUUCGGGGACAACAACAUUUCUGCUAAUCAUUCUAUUUUCGUGCAAGGAGAUCGGUAUGAUCAGAGCAAGGUUUUAACCUCACCAUUCAAUGCAGGCCCUAAUGACAACUUCAAUUUCAUGUUUGGAUCUCCAUCCAAUGUGCAAUCCACCGAUUACUCUGAAAGUUUUUCUUCGAUUUCAUAUGAUAACAUGCUGAAGCAAGAUGUUCCUGUUUGGUACUAGCAAGGAGAUUAUGCAAAUGCAUAGCAAGUAGCCGAAAAAUUUGUGCACAUUUCCGAGAGGGAAGGGUCUACACAAUCUGCCUUCAUGAGGUGGAGAUCAAUUGCCUAUAGUUUUCUCAGUUUGGUUUUUACGUUACCAUGUAGAUGUAGAGGUUGGAGGAUCCUGCAUGGCGUAAUAAACAAGUAGUAGUGAGAGAUGUCCUCACAUAUCGCCUUGCUGGUUAGAAAGAACUUAUAGAUGUUUCUAAAGAAGGUAGUUGUCAUUUCGUUGUCAUAUAAGACUGUAUAGGUAAGCUUUAUCCGAUGGGGUUUAAGUUUCUUAAAUAGCUGUACUUAAAUGUUGGUUCAGAGACUUGUCAACUCUAUUGUUGUCUAUGUUUGGUCCUACAAAUGCAAGUAUACACUGUUGCAGUA